AUGUGGAAAGCGCUGAGUCAGAUGCUAAGGACAGAUCCAAGCGUCAAGCUCAACAUCGUCGGAGGCGACUUUAAUGCAUCUCGAAAACACCCUGAGAUCCUCAUGAGAGAAGGAUACGGGAACAUUACAACGCUUGGUUGGUAUGUCUCGAUCAGGUAUCCCAGGCCCUCGAUGACCAGGCCCUCGAUGAUUAUCACUGCGCCGGGUUCGAUCACAAGUGCCGACAUGGCCUUCAGUUCCAUUGACUACUUCCAUUCUCCGAUUUACAACUCCGACGAUAUUAAGGUUUGGUGUUACAGUACCGGGUUUUCAGCCGUAAUGGCCAUCAUCGUCAUUCGGCGCUCCAUUGACUACUUCCAUUUCGACAACUUCCUUUCAUUGCCUUGUGUUUCUAACUCAGUAAAGAACUAG